AUUAUUGAUUUUUACCAUCAUCAAUUAUUUAGGAAGGCUAGAGGAAGUGGGAUAAACUCAACAUUCUUUUUUCACGCCACUUUAUAACUCCGGACCAAGAAAUACACCUUGAAUGGGAAUGUUGAGAAAACAUAAAAAAUCUUUAGGCCUAUAUACCCAGAAGUAUGCAUCGUUUUCCCGGUUUCUUGUAGAAACCUUGUACUUCUUCACUGCGUAUUGAGGGCGCUACGACAUUCCUUUAACCAAUUAACGUAACCAGAAUUGACUGCUUUUACAUCAAUGCCGAAUGAAUUUGAAACAUGCAGGUGCCCCCUUCUUGGGCUUACGAAUAGUACUUCGUUGCAAGUGUGGAGUUUGAUUGCUGGCGUGCUGCUCAUGUAGCUUAAUCUUGUCUGUGGUUACUGGCAUUUGAGCCUUCAAAGAAAAUCGUCGCUGGAGUGCUGCUAGGCUGAAAGAUUACUUGAUGUCAGCUUAUUGCCAGUCAAUUUCAUACUAAGCAUUGCGCCUAUCAGUAACGCCUCCAAAAAUGGCGGGAAAGUCCACUAAAGGCAAAAGCAAAGGAAAAGGUAAAUCCGAAUCAAGCUCCGCUGAUUCAUCAAUGGCUUCCAAAGAAGUCCAGCCCCUAGCUAGUGCGACAGGACUGCCUGAGUUGGUCCUGAAGAAGGCCCCUUCUGUACCUGCUUCAAUAAAACAACUACCAGCAGAAGCACCGAAACAAGAUGUUGCUGAAGCCUUGGCGGAGUCAUCAGGAGUAGAAACUUCUGCAGCUGCUUCUGAGAAAACAGAGAGAAGUGAUGAAAGUGUAGAAGCUGAGAAGAAGGAGAAAGCUGAAUCAGGAGAAACACGUGAUGGCAAUGGUGCUGGAGACGUCGACGGGGAUGCAGAGCUGUUGCUCUAUCCCAUCAUCGUCAAAGGACCAAGUGGGGAGAAACUUGAAUUGCAGGUCAACCCAGGCGACUCAGUUAUGGAUUUACGCCAGUUCCUUCUAGAUGCGCCGGAGACGUGCUUUUAUACAUGUUAUGAUCUUAUCUUAAAUGUUGCCGAUGGUGCCCGAUAUCACCUGGCUGAGUACCUUGAAAUCGGCGAGGUUGCUGAUAUUAGUUCCGGAGGUUGUUCGCUGGAGAUGGUUAAUGCCUUGUACGAUGAUCGAAUGGUACGGUCUCAUGUUCGACGCACAAGAGAUUUGAUCUCCACAUCUAGCAUACAUUCUUCCCUAUCGACGGCACUCGCAAUGGAGUACGAGGCAAAGCAGGCUGGUGAGGAUAAGGAUGCUAAGGAUAAAUCCGCUUCCAAGGACAAGGCUGCCGAACCCGUGAAGAUGGAGCUAGCUGAGUUGGAAGGAGGUCUUGGGUUUAUGGAGGACUCUUGCGGUCAGUUAAACUUACUAAUUAGUCUCCCUGACCCUCAAGAGAAUCCUUGCGUGCAGACAAUUGCCUUCUCGUCAUUCAAUCCUGUCCCAGGAUAUCGAAGGCUGCUCGGCGACCUUAUUUACCUAGAUGUGGUAACAGCUGAAGGCAAAAGUUAUUGCAUCACUGCGCAUACCCGAGGCUUUUAUGUAAACUCAAGCAAGGGGAACAUUCUUAACCCGGAGAAAGCUGCUUCAGCUUUUGAAUCCACCACACUUGUAGGUCUGCUUCGACAAUUGAGCAAGAAGUUCGUUGCAGGCUUUGCGGCGAUAUUGGACAAGAAGUCAUCCGGCCAUCCCUUCGAGAAUGUCCCGGUGCUUUUGCCACCUAAUGCUUGGCUUGGCCCACACCCCAUUCCUCCUCACAAAAGAGAUAUUGCACGGGCAGAGGAUGCUUUGAUGGUGCCAUAUGGUACUGAGGUGGUAGGCAUGCAGAGGGACUGGAAUGAAGAGCUUCAGUCCUGUAGAGAAUUUUCGCGUGAUAAUUUGCAAGACAGAAUAAUGAGAGACAGAGCACUUUACAAGGUGAAUUGCGAUUUUGUGGAAGCUGCGACCAAGGGAGCCAAAGCUGUAAUUAAUCGGUGUAUUCCACCUAUCAAUCCCACGGAUCCUGAUCGCUUUCAUAUGUAUGUGCACAACAACAUUUUUUUCAGCUUUGCUGUUGAUGGAGACUUCACUCUUAUGCAGCAAGUGAGGGAUCAAAAUUCACAGACAGGAGAGUCUUCCACAGAGGAAUCUACUAUCUCAAAUGGGGAUGCAAAGUCGGAUAAUGCUGAAUCUAAUGAGAGCGAUGCAUCUUUAAGUCUGGAUGCAAAUUCUGGCUCUGCGGUUGUUGAAAGUGAGCAAGCAACAUAUGCAUCUGCAAACAACGAUCUUAAGGGAACUAAAGCCUACAAUAACGCAGAUGUUUCUGGCCUUUAUACCCUUGCAAUGGCCAUCAUUGAUUAUAGAGGUCAUAGAGUGGUUGCGCAGAGUAUCAUUCCUGGUAUUCUGCAAGGUGACAAGACGGAAUCAUUGCUAUACGGAUCCGUCGACAAUGGAAAGAAGAUUGCCUGGAACGAAAAAUUCCACGCCAAGGCACUUGAAGCAGGAAAAUUGCUGCACAUUAAAGAACACACAGUUCUGGACGGAGCUGGGAAGGAGGUGACUUUAUGUGCUCCUGUGGAAUGUAAGGGUAUUGUUGGUAGUGAUGACCGACACUACCUUCUCGAUUUGAUGAGAACAACCCCAAGAGACAUAAACUACACGGGACCUGGAUGUCGACUUUGUGUCCUCAGACCAGAGCUAGUGGCUAUGUUUUGCCAAGUUGAGGCUCAAGAGAGGGCAACUCAAAGGAAAGCUGAUGAUGACCAGGCUGAUGAAAAGGCUUUGGUUCAGGAAGAGCUUUCAAAGAUUAUGCUCAAUCCUAAUGUCUUCACUGAUUUCAAAGUAGCUGGAAGCCAAGAGGAAAUCGAAGCAGAUGAAGAGCUUGUCCGAAAAGCAGGCAAUUAUCUGAAGGAUACAGUACUACCUAGGUUGGUUGCGGACUUGAGUAGCCUGGAAGUGUCUCCUAUGGAUGGUCCUACUCUGACUGAUGCACUUCAUGCCCACGGCAUUAAUAUCCGAUAUCUUGGCCAAGUAGCAAAGAAGGCAGAGCAUUUGCCACAUAUUUGGGAUCUAGCUGUUGUAGAGAUGGUUGUCCGGGCUGCCAAACAUGUCCUCAAGGGCGUAUUACGAGAAACCCUUGAUCAAGAUGUUGGGGGAGCCAUUGCCCACUUCUUCAACUGUCUUGUUGGAUCGGAAUCGGCUAAUCCAGUUUCGGAAGGAAAAUCUGUAUUAAGCGGGAAAUCUUUAGCCAAGUCCGUUUCUGGAAAGUCCUCAUCGAAAGAGUCGGCGCAACCUGAGACCAAACCAUCGUACCUGUGUAUAACUCCGACUCUUGUCUGGUCUGACAUUGAGGAGUGUGUGAAGUUCAAAUACCAGUUUGAUUUGCCAAGCGACGCAAAAUCAAGAAUUCGCAAGAUAUCCACCGUCCGAAAUCUUUGUCAGAAGGUGGGCGUUAUGCUGGCAGCAAGGAAGUACGAUUUCGAAGUACCUGCACCUUUCAAAACAUCUGACAUACUCGAUCUGCAAUCAGUAGUGAAGCACUUAUCUCCUGUAUGUGUGGACGCCCGUGACCUCCUGGAAAAUGGGAAGCAGCGUUUGGCACAAGGCAAGCUGAAUGAAGCGUAUGAAGCAUUUUCCGAAGCGUUCACGAUCUUGCAACAGGUUUGUGGACCGAUGCAUAGGGAAGUUGCGAACUGUUGCCGAUAUUUAGCAAUGGUCCUCUACCAUGCCGGGGAUAUGGCCGGGGCAAUAAUGCAGCAGCAUAAGGAACUAAUUAUUAACGAGCGAUGUUUGGGUGGCGAUCAUCCAGAUACUGCGCACAGUUACGGGAACAUGGCUUUAUUUUAUCACGGAUUGAACCAGACCGAGCUUGCACUACGGCACAUGGCACGUACAUUGUUGCUGUUGAAUGUUUCAUGUGGGUCGGACCACCCAGAUGUUGCAGCCACCUUCAUCAACAUUGCUAUGAUGUACCAGGAUAUAGGUAAAAUGGAAGUCGCACUCCGUUACUUGCAAGAGGCUCUUAAAAGAAAUAAAAGUCUCCUUGGUGAAGAGCACAUCCAAACUGCCGUUUGCUACCAUGCACUGGCCAUCGCAUUCAAUUGCAUGGGAGCGUACAAGCUUUCCCUGCAGCAUGAGCGUAGCACAUACAAUAUUCUUGUGAAGCAACUCGGAGAGGAGGAUUCAAGAACCAAAGAUUCUGCCAAUUGGAUGAAGACUUUCCAGAUUCGUGACAUCCAGGCACACGCUCAAAAACAAAAGGGGAAAGAAGCUAUCAGUGCCGCUGCCGCACAGAAGGCUGCCGCUGAUGCUCUUAAGGCAAGACCAGAUUUGGUGCAAGCAUUCCAACAAGCGGCAGCCAGCAGCACUGCCAACCGAGGCUCCAUGGGAAGUUCACCUCCGAAUCUAGCGAGGGCAAGAGGUGCCCCGGAUGAAAGAGCUGCACGAGCCGUCAAUGAAGUGAGGAAGAAGGCUGCUGCAAGGGGCCUGAAUGUCCGUCCACAGGCAACAGCGCCCAACCAGAGCAUCCCUCCUCUUGGGGACUUGUUGAGUCUCAUCAACAGUGGGGUAGCAGGAAAAGCUCCCCUUGCAACAAGCAGCACUCCUAGCUCAAGUACUUCGAAAGGAACAACCAAGGCUGCUCAAGCUGCACGACCCGAGAGUAGCGGCAGGAAAUCAACUUCAACUCCAGCCACGGCCGCACCCGCGCGUCCUGGUCCUGUUUCAGCUGUCGGAAAUGGCCCUGUGCAGGCAGCAUUAUCCGCUGCCGACUUGCAAGCCCCUUCACCAGUAGGAUUAGGAAGUGGAUUGAGUCUUGAUGCAAAGAAGAAGAAAUCCAAGUCAAAGAACGCAGCUUAGGAAUCUUGUUAGUGAAAUUCUUUUCACAAUCUCAGUUCUGCAGUUAUACAUGGAGUUCAUUCUUGGAUCAGUUGAUUUGCAUACAAUGUGUUGCUAGGUCACAACAUGUUGAUUCAUUUCCGCUAGACGCCAGACUUUGGCCGAUCUGAAGUGCUGCAGAUGUUGCGCCUGCCCAUAUUCUGGCGAGGCUUGAAGCAGGCGUGUGGUUUUUGCACAUCAUCCACUGGGUUCUUUCAAAAUAGCACAAGAGCCUACGAGCUGGGACACCACAUUUUUCCCAGGCCGUAAAACCCAUGCUCAGUCUAGUUGAUUGAAUCCUCAGAAUUCUCAGCUCACGUUUCUACACUAUGGUGUCCUUUAUGUAAUCCAAUUCUUGUUAGCAAUGUUUGCUCUUAUUUCCA